AUGGAACCAAAAGUGACGAAAACACUUAUUCUUGUAGCUCUAUGUCUAAUGCUUGCUCUGAACAUUGCUGCUGAGACUAAGGUUCACAUAGUGUAUUUGGGUGAGAGGCAACACGAUGAUCCUGACUCAGUCACUGAGUCUCAUCAUCAGAUGCUUUGCAAAGAAGCUGCACAUGAGUCUAUGGUGUAUAGUUAUCGCCAUGGCUUCUCAGCUUUCGCAGCCAAGCUAACCGAUGCUCAAGUGAACCAACUCUCAGAGUUACCUGAAGUUGUUCAUGUCAUACGCGAUCGAUUCUACGAAUUGCAAACAACUAGGACAUGGGAUUACUUAAAACACACUUCAAAACAUCCAAAGAACCUUCUAAGCCAAACCAACAUGGGAGACAAUUCCAUCAUCGGCGUCGUUGAUUCCGGAAUAUGGCCAGAGUCUGAAUCAUUCAAUGACAAUGGUAUUGGACCAAUACCAAAACGUUGGAAAGGAAAUUGUGAGUCAAAACAGAGUUUCAACGGCUCAACCGUUUGUCACAGAAAACUGAUUGGCGCCAAAUACUUUGUUAGCGGUUUACUCGGUGGCGCCGACGAAAGCAACUGGAACACCACCGAGAAUCCGGAAUACGUCUCUCCUAGAGACUUCAACGGUCACGGUACCCACGUGGCUGCAACUGCUGCUGGCUCGUGGGUCCCGGACGCGAGCUACUUAGCUCUAGGAAGAGGAACCGCUAGAGGCGGAGCUCCACGAGCCCACGUAGCUAUGUACAAGGCUUGUUGGCACGUAGCUUCUAUAGGGACAGCGACUUGUUCAGCAGCAGAUAUGUUGAAAGCAAUAGACGAAGCGAUUCACGACGGUGUAGACGUUUUGUCUAUCUCAACUUCGUUUCCGAUUCCUCUGUUUCCAGAAGUGGACGCUCGAGACGCUAUUGCGGUUGGAGCGUUUCACGCGGUUGCGAAGGGAAUUCCUGUCGUGUGUUCUGGUGGUAACGCUGGUCCGGCUUCUCAAACCGUUACCAACACGGCUCCUUGGAUCAUUACCGUUGCUGCAUCCACUCAAGAUCGGUCUUUUCCCACAGUUAUUACUCUUGGCAACAAUGUUACAAUUGUGGCUCAAGCAUUGUAUCAAGGACCAGAAAUGGAUUUCACUGGUCUGGUUUACCCCGAAGGUCCAGGAGAUAGCAACGAGACAUUUUCCGGAGUUUGUGAAGAUCUCUCUAAGAAUCCAGCAAGUAUAAUAAAAGAGAAAAUUGUCUUGUGUUUCACAAAAUCCACGGAUUAUGGUACCGUAAUCAAAGCUGCAUCAGAUGUAUUCGAUCUUGAUGGUUAUGGUGUGAUCGUUGCAAGAAAUCCGGGCUAUCAGAUUAACCCCUGCGACGGUUUUCCUUGUCUCGCUGUAGAUUACGAACUCGGAACCGAUAUACUCUUCUACAUACGUUCCACUAGAUCACCUGUCGCAAAGAUACAGCCUACAAGAACGUUGGAUGGACUCCCCGUGGCUACAAAGGUCGCGACAUUCUCAUCGAGAGGUCCUAGUUCGAUCUCUCCUGCGAUUCUUAAGCCUGAUAUUGCAGCACCUGGAGUGAAUAUACUCGCAGCUACAUCACCAAACGAUACAUUCAACGACAGAGGAUUCUCUAUGAAGUCAGGAACAUCAAUGUCAACUCCUGUUGUUGCAGGAAUUGUAGCACUCCUCAAGUCUUUGCACCCUCACUGGUCUCCUGCCGCCAUUAGAUCCGCCAUCGUCACUACAGCUUGGAGAACGGAUCCAUCCGGUGAACCCAUUUUCGCAGACGGGUCAAACCGUAAACUAGCUGAUCCAUUUGACUAUGGAGGAGGCAUUAUAAAUUCAGAGAGAGCUUCGAAACCCGGUCUUGUUUACAAUAUGGGAGUUAGCGAUUACGUUCUCUACUUGUGCUCCGUUGGUUACACGGAUUCAUCUAUUACUAGACUUGUCCGCAAGAAGACAGUUUGCGCAAACCCUAAACCUUCUGUUCUUGAUCUCAACUUGCCUUCAAUCACAAUCCCAAACCUUAGAAAAGAAGUUACUAUCACUAGAACUGUUACCAAUGUUGGACCAGUAGGAUCGGUUUAUAAGGCUGUGAUCGAGCCUCCAAUGGGUGUUAAUAUGACCGUGACACCGAAGACAUUAGUGUUCAACGCUAAGACUAAGAAGCUCUCUUUCAAAGUUCGUGUGUUAACGAGCCAUAGAGUGAACACUGGUUACUAUUUUGGAAGCUUGACUUGGACCGACUCUGUUCAUAAUGUGGUCAUCCCUGUGUCUGUCCGAACUCAGAUCCUCCAACGGUAUUACGACGAGAACUGA